UCCACCGAUCACUUGUAUAAGACUAUACACGACGCUGUCGUAUGUCUUCAGGAACUGGAGAAUGAGUCCAAAGAAGACGAUGUCUUCAACGAAUUCACGGGAAAAAAUAGUCCACUGUUUAUGAGACCCAUCGCACAGAAUAUGGGCGCUAAUCGACACACCUAUCAAAGCGACUCAUCGCUAGGGAGUCCGCAUCCCAGCCCCAAACCCGGCGCCAGAAAUGGAUUCAAAAAGGAUAACCUAUUCCUCUCGUUGAGACCCAAGACCACCACUGACUACGGCUUUCCCAAUAGACGACUGUCCAAAACACUGUCGGCUCAGUCGUCGCAAUCGCGGUCCACACCGGAGAUCACGACGAUAUACCCCCUGAAAGCCAAUACCCGGGACUCCUAUAUCCGUAUGGAUGGCGGCCUCAACACCACGCCUCCCAACUCACCCCGAAUAUCGUCGGCGCCGAACAUCGACUUCCUAUUCGACUUCGACUUACCCUCCACUCCGUCCUCCCAUUCCAGCCAACAGUCCCUACCCUUCAGCGAACCCAUCGCUCACACCUCCAGCCAUACCGUCCCUCAACCCCUGCCCCCAAUCGCCAGCAAUCUAUACCCCACUAAACGAAACGCCCCGAAAGCACCGGCACCUCCACCACCGGUAAGAUCGUCGCCCAUACCGGUGCCGCCACCCCUACCCCCGCAACAAAUACAUGAAACACCGAAACGUUCAGCUAAUAUACCGGUGCCGCCCCCACCACCACCUCCAGCACCCCCUCAGCCACAAAAGUCGUCGCCCACCCGUUCCUCGACAAUACCAGUGCCGCCCCCUCUGCCACCCGAACCCGACUAUAACAUGAGCCCC